AUGGAGGUCUUGGAGCUCUCCGGCGAGCGCCGCGAGCGCUUGGCCGCUCGGGAGUUGGCCGCGCCACAGGUGGCAACUUUCGCAGAGCGGCUCCAGAAUCGGGAGCCUUGCCUCUUGGAGGAACUCGAGCGCGCCUUCCGCAUUGUCAUGGUGGAAGGCGUGCGCAAUGCCAUGAUCGCUGCAUUUCAGCGCCUGGAUUUGUGGCCACCGCAGCCACCACCGCCAGGCAUUGAGGACGACGACUGCUGCUACGAGGAUGUCAACUCUCCCGUUCCUGUCAUCGCGCAGCGGCUAUACAACGAUGAUGUGCGGAGGUUGCUCGCUGUGCCCUGCGAUGGCGUGCAGUCUCCCUGGCUGCAGCGGGCGCUCACUGCGGCCUUCAUCGUGGACUUUGCGACUGAGGUGAAAGCCCGGGAACGGAAGUCGUAG